UUGGCUAUGAGCUAAAAUUCCGCUUAUCUUAGUUUCUAGUUGGAUAGCUUUAAAUUUUUUUGUGUGUGUUUCCUAUUGAAUAUGAUAGCAUCUGGGGGUGCAGGGGAGAGUGACAAGAAGAAAUUAUCCUUUUUUUCUUUUCCCUUCUCAUUCGGUCCCCUCUUCCUCACCAGAGGGAAAUACCAGCAAUAUCUUGUAAAUCUUCUACCACUUCUUAGCCAUACUGUAAAGAAGGUUCGAAAAUGAACAUUCUUUUUUUCUCUGAACACCAGCCAAACUUCAUGCAUUACUUUGUUGGGGCACAGGAUGAAACAUACCUUUUAAAUUAUCUCCCAAUUCUUUCUUUCCCCAAUUUGUAUUCACAUGGGGUUUGCUACUGGGGUAAGUCACUAGACUGAUCGAUCUCUCAAUUCCUCUCCCCUCCCAAUGAGCUAAAAGACUGAACACCAUGAACACUGGAACAGAUUAGGGGAAUGGGACAGAGUAGAGUGAGUUGUUCCACACUGUGGGACAUAGCUUUUAUCAUCUUCUUCUGGGGAGUAGGUAUAGAGAGCUAAACACAGAAAAUGGGUGGAGGAAGAACUUCUGUACCCACAAACAGCCCAUGAAGAGUGAGAAAACCAAACAUAAAGUAAGGAGGCUAGAAAGAGUCUAUUCAGGAGGAAGUAAUCCCAGAAAAGGAAGAACAGGCAGAGCAAGAUGUGUAGCUCUGUGGCUGCCAAGUUGUGGUUUUUGACAGAUCGUCGAAUCAGGGAAGACUAUCCCCAAAAAGAGAUCUUGCGAGCGUUAAAGGCCAAAUGUUGUGAGGAGGAACUGGACUUUAGGGCUGUGGUGAUGGAUGAGGUGGUGCUAACAGUCGAGCAAGGAAACCUGGGUCUUCGUAUCAAUGGAGAACUAAUUACUGCCUACCCUCAGGUGGUGGUAGUGAGAGUACCAACCCCAUGGGUGCAAAGUGAUAGUGACAUCACUGUUUUGCGUCAUCUAGAGAAGAUGGGAUGCAGGUUGAUGAACCGACCUCAAGCCAUCCUGAACUGUGUUAAUAAGUUCUGGACGUUUCAAGAGUUGGCAGGUCAUGGUGUUCCUCUGCCAGAUACUUUCUCUUAUGGUGGUCAUGAAAAUUUUGCUAAAAUGAUUGAUGAAGCAGAAGUACUGGAGUUCCCAAUGGUAGUGAAGAACACACGGGGUCAUAGAGGCAAAGCAGUUUUCUUGGCUCGCGAUAAGCACCAUUUGGCUGAUCUAAGCCAUCUUAUUCGCCAUGAAGCUCCAUACCUGUUUCAGAAGUAUGUUAAAGAGUCUCAUGGAAGGGAUGUACGUGUCAUUGUCGUGGGAGGCCGUGUGGUUGGCACCAUGUUACGCUGUUCAACGGAUGGGAGGAUGCAAAGCAACUGCUCACUAGGUGGUGUCGGGAUGAUGUGCUCAUUGAGUGAACAAGGGAAACAGCUAGCUAUCCAGGUGUCUAAUAUCCUGGGAAUGGAUGUGUGUGGCAUUGACCUGUUGAUGAAAGACGACGGCUCCUUCUGUGUCUGCGAGGCCAAUGCAAAUGUAGGUUUCAUAGCCUUUGAUAAGGCUUGUAAUCUAGAUGUAGCUGGUAUCAUAGCGGACUAUGCCGCCUCCCUUCUGCCCUCUGGCCGGCUCACCCGGCGUAUGUCCCUGCUCUCCGUGGUGUCCACGGCCAGUGAGACUAGUGAGCCGGAGCUGGGUCCCCCAGCCAACACUGCUGUCGACAACAUGAGCGCAAGUUCCAGCUCUGUUGACAGCGACCCUGAAACCACGGAGCGAGAGCUGCUCACCAAGCUCCCGGGGGGCCUAUUCAACAUGAACCAACUGCUAGCCAAUGAAAUCAAACUCCUGGUGGAGUGAUUCCACCAGUAAAUAAUUAACCAACAAAACCCUUGUAAAACUUUCUUUUUCUUCUUUCCUUUUUUUCUUUCUUUUUUCUUUUUCUUUUCUUUUUUUUUUUUUAACCAACUUGCAAUGCUGUUCAUGGAAAAUGCUCAGAAAGAUGAGAGAAAAUUGAGUAGGAUUAGUUAGGAGGGAAGAAGGGGGAGAUAGACGAGACCUUUGCUAAGAUGUUACUGACUUUGAUUUACAAAUCCUGCCGAUAGGCAGAAGAGGUGAGAUACAGAAAAAUGUCAGGCUCUCAUAAUUUUACAUUACUCAGAAAUGUGUAGGCUCUCAGGCCAUGAAGAACAUAAUAUUUUCAUGGUCUCUUGCUUUUGUUUUUGUACAGUUGGUACAAAUUUCAGAAUAGUGUAACUUAACAUUGUGUUGUAAUCCGUGAGGAAGACAUCUACCUAAAUUAUAAUUUUUUUAUACAAAUCUGAAAAUUCAGCCUAUACACUAUUAUCUAGGAGCUUUAUGUUCAUAGUUAUGAAAUCUUGAGGAGCUCUUUUAUUGACUUUUUCCCCCUUAAUUUGGGUGGGAGGGCAACAUGAAUGUGACCCAAUAAAGAUUUUUUUUAAUGAUAAAGUUGGCAUGUUUGCAUGAUAAAAGGGAAAUGAACAGUAUUGCAAUGUCUGGCACACAAAAUAACAUUUACUCCAUUGUAGAUAAAAUUGCACUAGUUAAAAAUAUGUGCAUUGACUUGUAUUUGUUAGUGUUUUAGCCUUUUUUGAAAGAUAUAUGCUCUGUUAAUGUUGCUUUUUUUUUUUUUUAAAUACAUGCUAGUCUUAACAUUCCCUGAUCUAUGCCUGCAUCUUUAACAAUGGCCAAAGUGAAGAAAAUGCUACCUUUUUUGUUAACAAGACACUGACUUGAAA